UAGGUGUGGAUGCUUUGGAGACAGUUUGUAGGCCGAGAGGCAUCACGUUUUGGAGCGGCAGUUGACAAGCAACAAAGUUCACGACCUGGCAACUCUGAGUGAAUGGCUGUAGUGAGCGGUCGACAGCCAGAGUCCAGACACGGUGAGAGUGAGGCACCUGUGCCAGCCAGUUUGUGUGAUGUGUGUCUGUGGGGUGAUGCAGAGCCCGUUGACCUUGUUGCUGGUGUUAUCGGUUGGCACGGCCUCGUGUUCGGGCUUCGUGGACAUAGACCUAGGAUAUGAGGUGAACGAGAACAGCAUGCAUUGGCUGACAGACGAACCCUUCAAAUGGGAACUUCAAAGUAGCGGCUAUAAAGACGGACACUGGUAUGAAUCCAAUAGAUUUUGCACUGCUGAGCACUUAGGAACGCAUAUUGAUGCCCCAUUACAUUUUGCAUACGGCAAAUGGUCAGUGACUGACAUCCCACUGGAGCACCUUAUCUGUCAAGGAGUUGUGGUGGACAUCCGAGACAAGGUGAAGAAGAACCCUGCUGCUGAGCUAACUGCCACUGACCUCAUGACUUGGAUGAAUAAUCAUGGUCCUCUACCAGAUAAAGCAUUGGUUUUUGUGCUCACAGGCUGGGGCAGCAGAUAUGGGAACAAAACUGAGUAUUUUGGUAUCACAAAUAAUGAUACAACUAAACUGGCCUUUCCAGGCAUCAAUCCCAGUGCUGCACAGCUGCUGACAGGAUAUGAACAAGCCUCUGGAAAGCGGGUGUUUGGUGUAGGCAUUGAUACAGCUUCCUUUGACCAUGGACCAUCAACAAAGUUUGAAACACAUAUUGAACUUUCCAAGGCUAAUAUUUAUGGUCUUGAGAAUGUUGCCAAUCUGGAGGAACUUCCCACAAGAGGGUUUGAGGUGAUAGUGAUGCCAAUCAAGGUUACUGGAGGUAGUGGUGGUCCCACACGCAUUCUGGCCAGGAUCCCUGAAGAGGCAAAUGCAGCAAUACUUUCCAGCCAUCCUCUCCACAACUACUUCAUUCUACCUCUAAUUGCCACUGUGCUCAGAUUAUUCUGAUUAUCGUCUCAUGAUUUUAUUCAACCAUUAGUGUGAUAUGUUAGGGAAUGUUACAAAUUAACCAGAUAGGUAUGGAUUAUUUCAAGCAGGAAAAUGGCAAUUUGAUCUCUAUGCUCUUGUUCUGAAAGACUAUUAUACUACAGGUUGACAAUCUCUUAUCCGGAAACCUUGGAUUUCAGAAUUUUCCAGAUUUCGGAAUGGAAGGUUUUUUAACAUGGAUUUUAAUGUUUUUUAGAUAAAACAUUACAGGGGACCAGGUGACUCAGUGGUAGAGUGCAUGGCUUGUGGCCACAAGGUCUCAAUCUCGCCAGUUACACAGUAAGGAAGGCAGUGGUCUUGUCACCCUAGCACGUGACAUUAAACCAUUAAGUAAAACUUUAAACAUAAACUGGCUCAAACUAAGCUAAACAAAUGAAAAUAUACUUACAUGCACAAAGCAACUAGUUUGAGGAUCCUGAAGAAAAGUGUCGUCAUCAUUGUUAUGGUGACUAUCAUCUUUGGGUUGGAGUUGCCCUAUGCAGCGUUUUCCUAUUUUUCACUAGUUUCUAGUCAUCACUGUCACUGUAAAACUUCAACAACUUGUCUUUCUGUUUCUUUAGGUCAUAUAUAGUGCUAAUUCCCACACCAUAAUCUGUAAGAUUCUGCACAGAUACGCCAUGAUGUAGCUUCAAUAAUUCUACUUUCUGUGCUAUCGAUAAUGGUAGAUGCUUCCUUUUCUGCUUCUCACGGUUACCUAUAGGGGAAUCUGUAGCACUUUUUGUGAUUUUCACAGUCUUCAAAGUAAAAAAGAAAUCGGCAAAAAAUAAACAAAAUAUUCGUGAGCAGCAGAGGCUAUGUGCGUGAGGAAUACUGUGACAUACACAGCCCUGUGGCCUGUGUUUACCAUGGGUCAUUUGGCACCAAAUGCAACAUUUGUUGUGCAGACCACAUCCUGGAAAAUAAUUGUGGUUUUUGGAGCUUUCUGGUUUUCUGAAUUCCAGAUAAAAGAUUGUAUACCUGUAUUAUUAUUGCUUCACCAUUAACUUGAAAAAUCCCUCAACAUCACAUUGACUAUCAGAUUAAUGCACUAUACAUUCUUAAUACAGAUAGAGCCCAGAUUUCAAUAACUGAGCUGUACAAUAUUUCAUCUUUUCUGUGUAUAUUCCUGUCUUCUCACUGGCAUGGCAAUUUACUUUUCCAGGGCUAAAAUCACAAAAAACAGAUCCUAUAUCAAAUAAGGUUUAAUACUAAUGGAAAGUUGUGUUAGGAGAACCAGAUGAGGCAUCAUUCAUGGAGAAGGAAGUGCAGAUGAGGAUGAAAGCAGGUAUUUCAGGGUGUGUGGUGGAAUGUUUUAAGAGUGACGGAAUAAUUAUAUUUGAGUGGUUAAUAAAAUUACUGGGUAUAUUUUAUGAACAUUAUGGUGCCAAAUGACUGGAUGAAUGUUUGUGUGGGUCAUUUGUACAAGAGUAAGACUGGUAAGUAUGAUUGUAGUAAAUUUUUUAGGUAUAGUUCAAUUAAUUUAUCUCUGGUCUAAGGCUGUACUUAUAAUAUUACUUAAAAUUAAGCAAGAAAUCAGGGACUAUGAGAGAUUUCAUUCUGAAUACUUAGGCCUAGAAGUCAUGUGUGAUGCUCCCUAGGGUGAAAAGCUUGUCACUAGGAAUCACCAUAUUUACCUAGUUUCUUGUCUGUAAAUAUUUGCCAAAGCAUUGUAAUUAUUUCAGUACAAAAUCAAUUUGAUGGUUGCAACUUUUUCAUUAUACUUUAUGCUGUGAACAAACAGUCUCCAGGAUCAAUGCUAACCUUAUGAAAUUAGAAAGGUUAGAACACACCACCCAUACUAUGAAACUAAAGCCAUGUCCACACUGUUGGGCAGUGCAUGACAGGCAAACACUGUUAUCAUAUUCUGUUUCAAUACACAAGCUGGGAAGGGUGAGUGGCAGGCAUGGAGGUGAUGUCAGAAGUGAUGAAAUGAUGGGCAAACUUGAACAAGCAGCUGCCUGUGAGUGUGCUUGAGCAAAACACCAGAAACUAUCUUGUCUGGUAGGUGGUGUAAAACACUGAAGGUUUCCUUGGAUCUAUGUAGUUAUUGGUCUCACGUUUGAAGUGUUCUGUGUAUACUGUCAUCAUGUCCAGCUGUCCUUCUACUAGUGGAAAUGAACUACUGAAUGACCUUAACUGCCUAACCAAACCACUUCUUGAGCAGUAUGGAAUAGAUACUACAGGCAGACGCUGUCCGGUAAGGCAGAGCCUGACUGGCUCUGUCCAAAAAUAAAGGGUUUGCACCUUUAGAUCAUCUGGUAACAUUGCUUCAGAAGCGAGAGAAACCGAGUCAGCAACCAGUGCCCAUCAGGCACUGCCUGAUAGUAUGGACACAGUUUAAUAAUGCUCACAAACCACAACUAGACUCAUCUUUGCAAUAACUCUAGAUAAAAUGAACAGUGCAAUGAAAGACAUUAGGGAAAGGAACUUUUUGACCAGUAGGUUUUAAGAGUAGGCUUUGGCUUGAUGGAUCAUGCAAGGGCAGGGAGAGGAUGGAAGUUGUGGUAGUGCAGGGAGAGAGAAGUCAUAGUGCAGUGGAAAAGGAGGAUGAGACACAGAAGAGAGAGAGAGAGAGAAUCAGGAUGAGUAUUUAUGCAACUCUAAACAAACUCAUUCUAAAUAAUGUACAGAUCUCAAACCACAGUAUCCAUAAAACUUCUGUUGGCCAUAGUUGGAAGAAGGUUUCCAUCUAAACUCUUAUAUGGAAGAAAAAUAAAGUAAGUUUUAUGUAAA